AUGAAGCUCCUCACCAAGGAACAAGAAGCAGAGCAUUACCGCCAGACCCUCAAAGGCGGUACAAUUGGCGGUCUUGCAGGUCUCGCCGUCGGUUUCGCCGGUGUCGCCUUCGCCCAUCGCCGCUACCAUUUUUUCCGCAACCUCACUCUCCCCCUCAAGGCAUUUCUCGUCACAUCCUCCGGCACCUUCGCCGGCAUCAUCAGCGCAGAUCACUAUUCCCGUGCCUUCGAAGCAUCGCAAAAUCCCAAAGAAGUCGAAUUCCGGCAGCGUCAGUCCGAACAGGCCCUCUUGGAGAGAGCGAACAAAACAUGGACCGAGCGGGCAAUGGACUUUGGUCGCAAAGAGCGUUAUAAGAUCGUCUUCGGCUCAUGGGUUGGCUCCAUGUUCGCAGCGUUUGCCCUGGUCAACAGAAACAAAUACCUCACUGGCCAGCAAAAGAUCGUGCAGGCAAGAGUUUACGCCCAAUUCCUGACAGUUGGUGUCUUGAUAGCCACCGCCGCAUUCGAGAUCGCCGACCAGAGGAGCGGGCAGAGCAGGUGGGAGACGGUCAGAUAUAUCGACCCUACUGACCCCGAACACAAGCGCAUGUUGGAGAAACAGGUCGAGAGAGACACUACGAGCCAAGGCACCGGCAGCGGAAACGACGACCUGUGGAAAGAGAUGGUCGAACAAGAGGAACAGAGACUGAAGGCCAGAGAGGAGUAUGAGAAGGAACAUCACAGGAGGCACAAGAACGGCAACGGAAAGAAGAAGCAGGAGCAAGAGCACAAGGAAUAG